AUGACUGCUGGAUUUUGUUGCUGAUUGGGCUAUGCGACUGCAGAACGCAGAGCAUUGUGGGAAGAUGGAAGGCAGCGUUGGGAGGCUUGAGGAACAAGCGCUGAAAAGGAAAGAGAGACUGAAAGAGUUAAGAAAUAAACGGAAAAAAGAAGAUGGAGAACCUGAAAGCAAUGCACCUUUAGACGAGGUGGAGGAAAAACAUAAAGAGCUGAAGCUGAGGAACUAUACACCUCAGGAUGAGGAUCUCAAGCAGCGGCAGGUCCCACAAGCUAAGCCGAUCUCAGUGGAGGACAAGGUGAAGGAGCAGCUCGAGUCAGCCAAGCCAGAGCCAAUCAUUGAGGAAGUUGACCUGGCUAGUCUUGCACCUAGAAAACCAGACUGGGACCUUAAGAGAGAUGUGGCGAAGAAACUGGAGAAGCUGGACAAAAGGACCCAGAGGGCUAUUGCAGAGUUAAUACGGGAACGGUUAAAAGGACAGGAGGAUGAUUUAGCUGCUGCAGUGGGAUGUGCAAAGCAAGAGGAUGAAGAUUCAGACUGAAGCAGACGAGGCACUGGUCAGGCUACAUACGGUGCACAGACUCCAGAGCACUGAUUACAACAUGAAUUCAUGUGUCUGGCAGUAAUAGAACUUGGUGUGAUUGACAGGCUGUCAUCAGACCAUUGCUUUCAGAUGGUGCUUGGGAGGCAAACUGUGGUGCAUUAUGGGAUUUCAGACAGGACUUGCUUUGUGAUUAGACUUAACAGCAAGCAAACAUAUGAAAAUGUAUUUCUGUAAAUGUCAUUGCUGGUAGGUUUAGCACCAUAUACAUCUAUGCAAGGAUUAUAGGCUGUUCUUCUGACACUGUGCAUCAGACUGGGUACAUCAUUUUUUAUAUAUAUGUUAUAUAUAAUGUAAAUUAAAUAUACCCUUGUUUCAUAUUUGUUUUAUAUAAAUAAAUGUCUGAAAAUGUGA